AUGCCCCGUCUGUCGCUCUCUUCGACACCGAGAUGUCCCAGCGCCCGCGCAAGUUCCAGCGCAUCUCCAAAGCCUGUGCGCUUCCCCAGUCUCCGCGGAAAGCUUAAAACGGUACUGACACACGGCCUUGCCGUCACAGGCGAUUUCUGCAAUCGACGCAGCAUCAAGUGUAAUAAGAACAACGGCCCGCUUGCUCCCUGCCAGAAUUGCGCCGAUUUCGAUGUCCCCUGUACCUAUGAUCGCCCUGCCCGCCGCCGUGGUGCCCGCCGAAAUGCUAGCCCAACCGCCAGCCAGCCCACGCAGCCCACGCAGCCUACGCCUCCGCAGCCUCCUCGCGAAUACGACACCGCUCGACGGCCCUCGGGCUCGGUGACAAGCACGGUGUUUCAGUCUCGGACAAGCAAUGCGUCAUGGGAUGGGAUCAAUGGGAAUGCCGCGGCGCUGAUCGGCACGAGCGACGGCGCCUCGAUUACACCCUGGAAGGCGUUUGCGACGGCCUGUCAGGACACGAUCCGGGACUUGGCUCAGGUUUACUUUGAGAUUGUAUAUCCGAUAUUCCCCCUCUUCCACUGGCCCUCCUUCUCGAAAGCGCUUGAAAAUUUGGACUACCUCCACGACGACGGUUUCUUCGCAUCGACAAUGGCAAUGUGCGCGUUGGCAUCUGCCCGAGCCCGCGACGGCGCGUUAUACUCAUCCCGCUGGUCUCCGCAGCAGCUGGCGAACCCUCCGUCGGAACUUUUCUGGAUGGCCGCGAAAGAGUCAAUUCCUCGAGAUCUAGCUACGGCCAGAGGUACCGAGUAUAUGAGAGCAUGCGCUAUUCUGAGUAUUGCCAGUAUCCAGCAUGGACAGAUUCAAGGCAUGCAGCAGUACCUGGGAAUGUAUCAUACCCUGGCGACAAUGGAUGGACUUCAGGAUGAGAAAUAUUGGCCCAAGAAUCUAGACCCUGUGACGGUUGAGAUCCGGCGACGAAUGUUCUGGUCAAUCUACACAUUGGACGUUUAUUCAUCUAUUGUCUGGGGAGGAGUUAUCCGUCAUCGAGAAGCACAAUCUAAUGUCCGUUAUCCUGGCGGCGUGAGGGACGACUUCAUCGCGAAAACCACCCACGGCGUGUCCCCAGCGGAGAACGGUCGGCUUGGCCCACCGAGGCCAUCAGAUGAUUGGAUUACCGGCUGGAAUUUCAUCACGGACAUGUACCGUAUGAUGGAGCAUGCGGUUGACAACCAGAGACGACGCUCACGUCCGAACAAUGGCAUAACAGAUGUCUGGUCGUUGUUCCGCCCUGCCCAAAACACCGGAACGUGGUUGAUGGAGCAUGUCCUCUCUAUAUACUCGUCACUUCCUCCGCAGUUCCUCGAGACUCGGCCGGUUACUGGAGAUUUGGCCCACGACAUCUUCGGCUUCCAGUCUGCCAAUAUCCAAGCAACUCUUCAGCUGCUGCGGAUGGUUCUGUCAUCGAACGAAGAACAAGGUGUUGAUGAGAAAUGUACCGUCGCGGGACAGGUUUUGAGUGUUUUUUCUAAGGUGCCGGUUGAGUACCUCAAGGCCAUCAGCUCUCCGUUGCUGCACCACCUCGCUGGAAUUGGGUAUAUCCUUGGCUCGGUGAUGGAAGGGAGUCUUUCCGAGGUGUCGUAUCAGCGUGUCCGCACACUACUACUAGAGAUGGCGGACCUCUUGCAUCGGCUGGAAUCGGGCCUUCGCCGAUCUACCGGCACAAGCGAGCGACUCAAGGCCCAAGUCCAACGCAUCGACGAGUACAUGAUGACCAAGCGAACAUCGACGGCUCUUCCUCCGCAGCCUCGACCACCGUCAAUUCUCAACCCACCCGUACAGGGAGAGUUGGUCUCCGGUGUUUAUCACCAACCCAAUCUUGCACCUAUCCAGGCACCCAUGACCGGUAUGGAUGACCCGAUCGCUCAGUUCCAAUUGCCGCCAGAGUUGUUGAAUGAUUGGCCGUGGCCGUUCGAUGCUGGAGUGUCCGAGGGCGUGUUUCCGCUUGGUUCUUUUGUCAAGUGA